UGCAAGCUACAAUCAGUAAUCAUAUAAUCACCAAUGAUCACUCGUCAGUCAUCAGUCACAAUCAGCUAUAGCUACAGCCCGUGAGGGCCACCUGUAAUAUCUUUCGGAUUUUUCUACGUAAUUAAGUGGUUAAGAAUUUAAUUGAAACGUAUUAGUAAGGCAAAAAAUAGAUUCAUUAAACAUGUUUGAAAUGAAAUAUGCAAAAAAAGAACAUACCCAGGAAUUACAAAAGAAAAAUGUACUAUUUAACAAAGAACGAGAUACAAUGUCUAAUGAAAGAAACAAACGCGAUACAUCUAUAUCAUUUACCAAGUUAGAUAUGCAGGAAGAAUAUAAAAUACUUUGUGAUAACAUUGUUAUUCUCAAUUCAUACACUUUGAUAUGUGAAAUAUGCAAUUGUCCUUUACCAUCUCAAAAUCAUGUUUUAGCACAUGUUCAAGGAAAACAACAUGUUAAUACACUUAAACAACAAACGAAGAAGGAGGACAGUAACCAAAAUAUGACACACCAUAUGUGUAAUAAUUUCAAAACAGAAAAAUGUCAAUCAAAUUUAAAUAUUAAUAACAAAUGCAAUGACAACAUGAAACAGACUGAUCAGAUGCUAGUAGAUAAUGGAAUUAUAAUUCUUGAAAGUAAUACCAUUUCAUGUCGAUUUUGCAAACGUAAGUUUCCUUCAUUUCAUGAUACAUUAGCACACAUUAAAGGAAGAUCUCAUAUUAAUAUUUUAAAAAGUCUCAAUAAAAUGUCAAGUACUGUCGAAAGCAAACAUGUCAAACAUGAAAUAAUUAAAACGAGUAUAACAGAUAAAAAAUCACUUACUAAUUUCUCAAAAAUUAAAAUAAAUAUCGAUACAAGCCAGAAGCAAGACUUAGGUACUAAUAUUUACAAAACUACAUGUUGUACAAAAUUAUCAACAAAGAAUGUGAAUGAAGGGGAACAUUUAAUAAAUGAUAUUGAUGGAAGUAAAUAUGAAAAAAUACAAGAUGAAAGUGAAAAGGACGUUGGUCUCCUUCAGAAUUGCUUUUACUAUUGCGAAUUAUGUAAUGUACAAAUUGAUAUUAAUAAUUUAUUUGAGCACAUUAAUACAAUAACACAUACACGUAGUAUAUUUUCUAUGAGUAUGGGAGAUGAUAUCAUCUUGUACAAAUGUUUUUGUUGUAAAUCGAUAAUGCAAGGAAACAGUUCAUUGAUCAAUCAUUUACGUUUGGAAACACAUUUAAAGAAUUUAGCGAGUACUUUGGAAGGUAUCGAUAUGAGUAACAACAAAAUACUUGCCCAUGCACCUCGUAACAUUAAAAAUGUCUUGGAAAAUAAAAAUUUUUGGUUUUGUAACAUACUUUUUCCAAAAGUGGAAAAUACAUCUGCAGAUUUCAUUGAAAAAUACCUCAUAUCUAUCGAUACUUCGGAUAUUAACUUACAGAAUAAUAUAAAGAAUAAUGUUACUUAUCGUUGUUCAUUUUGCAGAGCAAAAUUAAAUACGCAUCAUAAUCUAAUAGAUCAUUGUCGAGGAAAAAUACAUACAUGGAGAGUGAAGCAAUUAUUUCAUGAUAAGAAAUACUGUGGUACCAAUAACAACACGCUAUUAGUAACAGAUCAGUUUAGUGAUAUGUCUAUUGCAGAUAAGAAAUCACAAAGUACAAAUAAACUUGAUAGCGGUUUAAUUUUACCACCUGAUUUAUGUAUACAAAUUGAAAAAUGUCUAAAAGAGUCACCAUUUAAUGGAAACUUAGCAAGAAAACGGGAUCAUAAAGAAAAUAUAAAGAAAUGUAAAGAAAAGUCCUUAGCAGAACGUUUAAACAAAUUAUAUUGCAAACACUAUUUAGAAAUUGAGGAAAAAAUGUAUACAUUGGAUAAAAAAGAACACGACAAAAUAGAAGCAAAUUUCAAAUUACUUAUGCCUCACAAUAAAAACAACUUCUAUUGUUUGGCCUGUUCUGUAAGUGUUUCAAAAGAGUUGUAUUCAUUAUAUGAACAUGUGCGUUAUGAAUCACAUGUUCUGCAGGUAGAUCAAAUUAAAAAAGAUAUAGACUCUGAGAAAUUAUCACUGCAAUAUACAAAGAAAACAAAAACAUAUAUAAAAUGUUAUCCUUGUAAAAAUACUAUCAAAGAUGGAUUACAAAUGAUCAACACUCAUAUUAAUAGCACAUUGCAUAGAAAAAAUUAUACAAAAUUUCGUACCAUUAUCGAUGAUACUUUUAAAUCUGUAUUGCAAAAUCUGAAUUGUAGUUUGUUUUACAGUAUUGAAAUGUUUUCAUGUACUUUAUGUGCAACAAAUUUUAAAUAUAAGUUGGAAUUCAUGGAGCAUAUUUUUACUAAACACAAACAGAUGUCGGAGAAUUAUACAUUUGAUUUUUGUAUUCCAUGUGCUACUUUAUGGAUGGGUCAAACGGAUUCUUAUAUAGGGCAUUGUAACGACAUAAUGCACAAAUAUUUAACAAAAAGUAAAGAUUUUAUGAUUGAGGAUCUUCCAACAUGUAUAAAGAAAAUAUUAACCAAAAUUGACAAAACUGUUAAUAUUUUAUUUGAACAAUCAGAAAUUUUAUCGAAUGACAAUAUACAGGAAGAAGUGAGACAAUCUUUAGAAAAUAGCUUAAGAAUAAAGUUCCCAUCUGUCAAAGCAUUUUUAUUUGGUUCAAGAUUAACUGGACUUGGACUUGAAAAUAGCGAUAUAGAUAUAUACAUUGACUGUGGAAACACAUACUAUGAAAGUAAAAGUGACGAUUUAAGAAAUUGCAAUCUUACACACAUUGAACAGAGUUUACGUGCACAAAAAGAACAAUGGGAUGUGAAAGAUUUAUUGGAAGGAACUAGGACCCCUAUAAUAAAAUUAAUAUAUAAGCGAACAGGUGUAGACUGUGAUAUUUCCAUUACAAAUGGACUCUCUGUUGAAAACUCUAAAUUGAUACGGUCUUUCAAUGAUGCAUAUUUACCUUGCAGAAAGUUAAUAUUAUUUAUAAAAAAAUGGUUCUCUCUUUUUAAUUUACCUGGAAGAUGUGGUUUAACAAAUUAUGCUCUUUCUUGGAUUGUUAUAUUCUAUUUGCAAUCAAAAUCGUAUUUACCAAGUAUUGCUAAGCUAAUAAAAGAAAAAAAUCAAUCUCAACUUAUACAUGGUUGGGAAACUGGCAUUGCACAACCAAUGGAUAACAAUGAAUCUGUGCAAUCCAUUCCAGUAUUGUUACUGGAUCUAUUUAAAUUUUAUGCAAAUUUUGAUUAUCAGCACUAUAUAAUUUGUCCACUUUUAGGUAAUGUAUUGGCUAAAAAAGCUUUUUCAGAGUUAGAAACAUUACCCAAAGAAAUGGAACCUUACAAAAGACACUUGAAAACAUCUAAGAAACCAGAAUAUUUGCGCAUCGAUUCUCCAUUAUGUGUGCAAGAUCCAUUUGAUCUGUCACAUAAUCUAACUAAGGCUGUGAACAGUAUUACCUUAAAGUAUUUUAAACAAUAUUGUGAAGAUAGCGCAUCGAUAUUGUGCUCUACAAAGCACUAACUUUUGCAGUGUUGUAUAUUUAAUUACAAAUUCUACAUGCAUACUUUUCUAAAAAGACAAACAUCAAUUAUAAUGUAUCUAAGGUUUAUCAGCGUAAUUUCUAGAUCGAAAUUGUUUAUACUUACAUGAAAGUGUUGCAGAUAAAUUCGACCGCAUAAUACGAUGCAAAAUAAUGAUAGACAAUGCGACAAAUAUUAUUCUAACUUUACUUAGAUGUAUAUGUUCCUAUAUAUUGACUUUCUUACAAUGAAUGCUAAAGUACUUUGUAUGUUAUAAGUAUAUUUUAAGCAGCAUUAUUAUACAAUGAAGGAAAAGCAGUUACAUUUUUAUUCAAUGGUUUUUUUAAGGAAAUCAUAUUUUUUACAAUCAUUGUGUUAUUAAUGUGUAUUAUAGAAUUAAACGU